AUGACUGUCGAGGUCAAGUACGACAAUGGACAGCUACGAGAUCUUGUACAUUCCCCUUAUGUGUUUGGAGCAGCGCUCCUCGCCUCGUUUGGCGGGUUCUCCUUUGGCUAUGACCAAGGUGUCAUUUCCCUAAUCCUGGUAAUGCCGCAGUUCCGGCAACAAUUUCCCGAGACCUCUCCCGAAAACCCACGAUAUGGAUUCCACACCGGCUUUAUGACGGGUAUGCUCGAGCUCGGCGCGUUCAUCGGCUGUUUGUUUUUCCCAGCCAUUGCGGAUCGUAUCUCCCGUAAAUGGGGAUUGACGGUGGCGACCGUAUUCUUCGUCAUUGGCGCGAUCAUCCAGACGGCAUCAAUGAACUAUGGCACAUUGGUGGCCGGCAGAUUCAUUGGGGGUAUUGGCGUGGGUACACUAGCCAUGGGGGCACCUUUAUAUAUCUCAGAGAUCGCUCCUCCGGCGUGGAGAGGUUCAUUGCUUGUGCUGGAAUCUAUAAGCAUUGUUAUUGGGGCAAUUGUGGCCUAUUGGAUAACCUAUGGCACGAGGGCCAUACCCGGCGAGUGGUCAUUCCGGCUGCCAUUCCUUCUACAGAUGUUUCCCGCCUUGGUCGUUGGUUGUGCGAUUCAUUUCUUCCCCUUCUCGCCUCGAUGGCUCGCAAUGCGCGGGAGGGAAGAAGAUAGUCUCUCCGCUCUCGCGAAGCUGCGCCGACGCCCUGUGCACGAUGAGCAGGUACAAUUAGAAUGGAAAGGUAUUCUCUCCGAAGUGCGAUUCCAGCGACAGAUGCUCGAGAAAGAAUAUCCGGACCACGAGUCUCGUCCACUUUUGGUCGGUCUGAAACAGUGGGUGUCUCUCGUCCGUCCGAAGUAUUUUCGACGAACACUUGUGGCAUUGGCUAUCCCGUUCUUCCAACAGUUCUCGGGAAUUAACGCGUUCGUCUACUACGCCCCUACAUUCUUUGAAGCUCUCGGUCAAAGCAGCGAAACAUCUCUCAUCCUAUCCGGAAUGGUCAACAUCUGCCAGCUUGUCGGAGGUAUACCGAUCCUCAUGUACCUGGACCGCGUCGGUCGUCGGACAAUGGCCAUCAUCGGAGGAGUUGUCAUGGCUAUACCACACCUAAUCAUGGCCGGACUGAUGAACCGAUAUAGCGGUGACUGGCCCUCCCAUAAAGCAAUUGGAUGGUUCUGCGUAGCCCUCAUCUAUGCCUACGCACUCGCAUACGCGAUAUCGUACGGCCCACUCGCCUGGGUUCUGCCAGCUGAAGUAUUCCCGAAUUCUAAACGAGCCAAGGGUGUCGGCGCGGCGACUGCUAUGAACUGGCUGGCCAACUUUAUCAUCGGGGUGGUUGUUCCGGAGAUGCUCAUUAAGCUUGGUUGGGGCACUUUUCUUUUCUUUGGACUUUUCUGUGUGGCCGCGGCUAUUUUCUCUUUUCUUUUCGUGCCUGAGACUUCUGGGAAGUCUCUUGAGCAGAUUGCCGUGGUGUUUGGGGAUAAGUUGGAUGGUGACGAGCGGGAAUUGCAGGAAAAGAUUACGAGGGAGACGUUUGAGAAUGCGACGGCUAGUGCGUUGCACGCGGAGAAGUCUGGGUUAGCAUAG